CGGCCGAGACAGCCUGCCGGGUUCGGGGCGGGCUUUGGUGCCUCGCUUCCGGGACGCCAGCGGAUGUUGGGGUUUGAAUCGGGUGUCGGUUAUGACACUGCUGAGCCUUGGGCGUGAGGCUCGGAGCUGGGGAUGCUGCUCGCGGAGUUGCCGGAUGGUCCCUCAGUUUGAGUGCCCUAGAAGAUUGAAGACCUUGAGUGUGCCAGUGGCCAUUGCUGAGUGAGAAAAAACAUCUUUCAAGAGAAGUUCCAAAGAGUAAACAGCUAGAAGAAAGGUAAUAGAAUGAAUGAAAAUACCCUCUGCCACUUCCAAAGCCCAGCCUGUGUCCUCUGUCAACGAACUGAUGACUGUCCUGAAAAAUAUGGAGAAAAGAGAACUUACAAGGAAUACAAUCUCACUGUUCAUUACUACUGCUUGCUGAUGUCAAGUGGAAUUUGGCAGAGGGGUGAAGAAGAUGAAGGAGUUUAUGGGUUUUUAAUCAAGGACAUUAGGAAAGAAGUAAACAGAGCUGCAAAACUGAAAUGUAAUAUCUGUAAGAAAAAAGGUGCUUCGAUUGGAUGUGUAGCACCCAAAUGCAAACGAAGUUAUCAUUUCCCUUGUGGGGUUCAAAGGGAAUGCAUUUUCCAAUUCAUGGAACAAUUUGGGUCAUAUUGUUGGGAACACCGACCAGUUCAGAACCUUCCAUCUGAUGAAUCUAGAGGCUCUUCACAAUGUACAAUAUGCUUGGAAUUUGUUGAGCAUUUUCCAGUGUACAAUAUACUGAAAAGUCCUUGCUGUAAAAAUGCGUGGUUUCAUAGAGACUGCUUGCAGUAUCAAGCUCUGAGUGCUGGGGUAUUUUUCUUUAGGUGCACAGUGUGCAAUAAUAAAGACAAAUUUCAGAAUGAAAUGUUGAGAAUGGGAAUACACAUUCCAGAAAAAGAUGCAUCCUGGGAACUUGAGGAGAAUGCAUAUCAAGAUCUUCUGCAGCGUUACCAACACUGUGAUGCUAGAAGAUGUCUGUGCAGGAACGGGAGAGACUAUAAUAAACCUGAUAGUAAAUGGGAAAUCAAAUGCUGUCAGUGUUGUGGUUCCCGUGGGACGCAUUUGGCCUGUUCCCCAGUAGAGUCAUGGAAGGAAAACUGGGAAUGUAUAGAAUGCAGAAGUAUCUUCGCUAAGUCAGGGAAUUACCAAAAUCAGAAAAAACGCUCGAUGGCUACCUCAGAAAAAAUAGACGUUACUGGUCGUUUGUUGGAAGAGCCCUCUCCCAAGUGCCCCAGACAGUCACCAGGAUCCCAGCACAGCUUUCUUCUCAGGUCACCAAAGAUGUUGUACAAGGAGUCAAGCUGUUCAGGCACAUUAUUAGACCUUCCAGCAUCUAAUAAGAUGGUUAUGUCUAUAUCCCCACUGAUCAAUUCUUCAUCAAGGAAUCUAUCAGUAAGAAGAAUGCAACUAAGAAUACAAAAAAGAGAAGCUUCUAAUUUAUUGAGGGAGUUAAAGUUACAGGUUAAUAAUACAAAAACUACAAGACUGAACAUCAACAGAGACAAUAUCUGGAGUAGUGCCUUAAAAGGAUUCAGAGGGCGAAACUUCAAUCCUGCAAACACUAUGGAAGUGAAGUUCACAAAUUGCAAGGGUAGAGUAGAGACAGAUGCUUUUCAUGGAUCAAAACAUGAGUUUUUCCGAUUAUUAAUGCUUCAUCUUCAGAAGUCAUCACUAUUUGAGGGCUCUUCCUCAAAGAACUUAUCUCUUGAUUCUCAAGCUAUAAAAGAGAAUUUAUACUAUGAAGCUGGCAAAAUGAUUGCAGUUUCUUUGGUUCAUGGUGGUGUACCUCCCAGUUUCUUUUCCAAAACUCUGUUUAACUGUCUUGUUUAUGGACCAGAGAAUGUGAAACCAACAGUGGAAGAUGUUGCAGAUUUUGACGUAGCACAAACAAUAAAAAUGAUAAAAUCAUCAAGAACUCUGGCCAACUUAAAAUCUACAAUAAGUGACUGCUCUGAAUAUCUUACUAUUGCUGGAUGUUUAAGACCUAUGACAACUCUAUGUGAUAAGGAUAUGUUGGUGAAUGACUUACUGAUCUAUCAUGUGAUUAAGCGAGUUCAUUCAUCUUUUGAAAGCUUUAGGCAAGGUUUGAAAACGCUUGGUGUAUUGGAAAAAAUACAGCUGCAUCCUGAUGCAUUCUCUAGCAUAUUGUGUCACAAACCCGAGAGACUUUCAGCAAGAAUUCUUGGUGAUCUCUUUACAAUCCACUGUUUAUCAGGUGUAAACAAAGUCCAAGGUGUUGAUUUCUGGAUGGGUUAUUUACAAGAUGUGGAAGGUGGUGAGUCUGCAGCAACACUGGAAGACAUUCUGGUCUUUGCAACUGGUUCUAGUUCUAUCCCACCCAUUGGUUUUGAGCCUGACCCCUCAGUUAAAUUUCUACGUAUAAAAUACCCUGUUGGAAACAGACAACUUAACAGCUUAGAACUUCCAAUAACAAAGACAUAUGAGCAGUUUAAAAACAAAAUGGACUUUGCCAUCAGCAGCGCACUAAGACUAGAAGUAGAAUAAUUUUUUUUUGUUAUUAAAGUUGAUCGCCAUAUUUGGGGUCGGGAAGGAAUUUUCCUCCGGGGCAGAU